CCUCUGAGAGCUGAAAAAAGGAUGAAGACAAACUCUACCCAGGGCUCAUAUUUCUCUCUGAGUGCCUACUUUGACACUGGGCUUUUAAAAUAUCUCUACUUUAUGAUUAUUUUGUCUCUGUAUAUUUUAAUCAUUUGUUCCAACCUUCUGCUCAUCGUGGUUAUCUGUAUGAACAGGAGCUUACAUGAACCUAUGUACAUGUUCCUGUGCAGUCUGUUUGUAAAUGAACUGUAUGGUAGUUCAGGGUUGUUUCCGUUCCUUCUGACUCAGAUUCUCUCUGACAUUCACACUGUUCCUGCUGCUCUUUGUUUCCUGCAGAUCUUCUUGUUAUACUCGUACGGCGCUGUAGAAUAUUUAAACUUAGCCGUCAUGUCUUAUGACAGAUAUUGUGCCAUCUGUUUUCCUCUACAAUAUAACACACACAUGACAUUUAACAAAAUUGCCCUGCUUGUUGCUCUAACAUGGCUUUGCUCUUUCCUCCUGUGUGUUGUGAUGACAUCCUUGAGUAACUCUUUACAGCUGUGUGGGAACAUUAUUGAGAAAGUUUACUGUGAUAACUACUCUGUUGUGAAACUGGCCUGCUCUGACACCAGAGUCAAUAACAUCUAUGGACUCAUCAUUACAGCCCUCUCAGUCUUCGGUCCUCUAACUUUAAUAUUUUACACAUAUAUAAAGAUUUUUAAAGUGUGUUUCUCUGGCUCUAAACAGACAAGACAGAAAGCCGUCAGUACCUGCACACCUCACCUCGCUUCUCUGCUCAACUUCUCUUUUGGGGCUUGUUUUGAAAUAUUACAGAGCAGGUUUGAUAUGAACAGUGUUCCUAAUAUGUUGAGAAUUGUUCUGUCAUUGUACUGGCUCACAUGCCAGCCUCUGUUCAACCCUUUACUGUACGGCCUGAAUCUGUCCAAAAUCCGAAUCAUAUGUAAAAGUCUAGUCUAUUAA